AUGUUAGUUUUUGUCACUCUCUUAUUGUUGUUAUUAGGAGUGUCUGCACAAGAGAAAAAAAAUUUCGAUGUAGAAGUUUCACGAUUGAUGCAUCUUAUUAUUCAUUCAUUAUAUACUAAUAAGGAAAUUUUCCUUAGAGAAUUAAUUUCAAAUGCAUCAGAUGCUAUUGAUAAAUUAAGGUUUCUUUGCAUUACUGAUAAGAGUCUAAACAUUGAUCCAAGUUCUUUUAAAAUUAGAAUUGGUAUUGAUGCUGCUAAAGGAUCUAUUUAUAUUAUCGACAAUGGAAUUGGAAUGACAAAAGAAGAAUUAGGUAAGAAUCUUGGUACUAUUGCAAAAUCUGGUACAGCAGAAUUUAUAAAGAAAUUAGAAGCAACAGAAGAUCAUAAAAAUUUGAUUGGACAAUUUGGUGUUGGAUUUUAUUCUUCAUUCCUUGUAGCAGAAAAUGUUACAGUUAUUUCACGUAAAGCUGGAUUAGAAGAAAGUUAUGCCUGGGAAAGUAAUGGUGAAGGUUUUGUUGUUAGAGAAUUAAAAGAAGAUGAAACUCCAAUGGAAGAACAAGGAACUAAAAUUAUUUUAGAAUUAAAAGACAAAUAUUUCUUGGACAUUAAUGUGUUAAAAGAUCUUGUUAAGAAAUACAGUGAGUUUAUUCAAUUCCCAAUUGAAAUGGAAGUUACUAAAAAAGAAGAAGAAGAAGUUGAAGAUACUGAAGCUAUGAAACAAGAAGCUCAAGAAAAAGCAAAGAAAAGAAUUGAAGAAGGAGAAACAAGUAAAACAGAAGAAGAACUUAUUGAAGAAGAAUUAAAGAAUGUUGAAGUUAAACAUAAAUUUAUAACAAAAAAUAUUACAUCAUGGGAAGCUAUUAAUGUUAAUAAACCUAUUUGGAUGAGAAGUGAUGUUACUGAUGAAGAGUAUAAUCAAUUUUAUAAAGCAUUAACUAAAGAUACUAAAGACCCAUUAGCAAAAAUACAUUUUAAUACAGAAGGUGAUUCAGUCUUUAGAGCAUUAUUAUAUAUCCCAGCUGAAGGACCUAAUCCAUUUGCUCCUAAAGACCCAGAAAAAUUAAAACAAAUGCUCAGAUUAUAUGUUAGAAGAGUUUUUGUUUCAGGAGACUUUUAUACUACAUUACCAGAUUAUUUGACUUUCAUUAGAGGUGUUAUUGAUUCAGAUGAUCUUCCAUUAAAUGUUGGAAGAGAAUUAAUUCAAGAAAAUAGACAUAUUGACAGAAUUAAGAGAAAGGUAGUUAGAAAAGUUCUUCAACUUAUUCAAGACCUUAGUGAAAAUAAUUCAACUGUCUUUGAGGCAUUUAUGAAAGAAUAUUCAGUUCAAAUGAAGAUUGGUGCUAUUACUGAUGUACCAAAUAGAGGAAGAAUUGCUAAAUUGUUAAGGUAUCAUUCUUCAAUUUCUGGAAAUGAAACUAUGUCAUUCCAAGAUUACAUUGGAAGAUUAAAAGAGAAUCAAACAGAAAUUUAUUAUGUUUGUGCUGAUUCAUUGGAAGAAGCUAAGAACUCUCCUGUUGCACAAUCAGCAGUUAGUGCAGGAUAUGAAGUUAUUUAUAUGACAGACCCAGUUGAUGAAGCAGCAAGUAGAAGUAUUAAUACCUUUGAAGGAAAGACACUUGUUGAUCUUGGCAAAGACGGUUUUGGAGUAGAGAAUGAUGAUAAAGAAUAUGACGAAUUAAAAGAAUUUAUUCAAGAAAAUAUAAAAGAAAUAAGUAAGGUUGAAGUCUCAAAUAAACUUGGAAAUGUUGCUGGAGUAGUUAUUUCAGGUAAAGAUGGAUUAACUGCUAAUAUGGAAAAACUUAUUAAGGCACAUGCAACUGCUAACAAGAAAGACUUUAAUUUAGAGAAUAUUAAAAGAGUCUUAAUCAUUAAUGGAGAACAUGACAUUAUUAUAAAAAUUAAUAUGUUAAUUAAAGAAGAUAAGAAAGAACAAGCAAUAGAAUUUGUUAAAGGAAUGUAUAAUACAGCAUUGAUUCAAUCUGGAUAUACAGUCACUGACUCUAACGAAUAUGCUCAAUGGGUUCAAAGAAUGAUUGAAAAGGAACUUUCUGAAAUUGAAGAAGUUGAAAAGAAAGAAGAAAAGGAAGAAAAGACUGUUGGAGUUGAUGAUAUUGUUAAUCAAAAGAAUGAACUCUAA